UCCACAUCAAUCGAGUCCACAUAAACAACCCACCCCCUCACUCAUCACUUCCCUCGAAAUAUAUUGAAACAAAUGCAUUGAAAAUCAACUACCAAACAACUUCACCAUUUAACAAGAACAAUGCGGAAACACAUCAUCUUCGACGUCGUCGGCACCUGCGUCUCCUUCGACGCCUACUUCGCCUCCAUCGCAGCCACAAUCGGCCCAAAACUCUCCACCUACAAUAUCACCCCAAACCACUUCGGCUACACAUGGAUGACCGCCGCGGAACUCGAAUUCACCUUCUUGUCGAUUUCCGAGUCCUACCGCCCCUACAAAGACGUCAUGCGCGCGCUCUUCUACCGCAGUCUUUUCAUGGCUGGUGUCGCCGAUCCCCGGAGUGUUUUCACAGAUGAGGAGCGAGAUGCCUGUAUAGCCGGCUAUGCGUCGUUGCAGCUUCGUCCGGAGCUGGGACCUGCGUUUGAGAAGUUGCGGAAUGCCGGGUUCGAGGUGUGGUGUCUGACGACGGGGGAUGUGGAGCGUGGCGGGGUUGAGAUGCCGGUCGAGAGGGUGUUGAGUUGUGAUGGGUUGAGGGUUGCGAAGCCGGCGCUGGGGGCUUAUCGGGCUGCAAUUGGGAAGAUUGGGGCGGAUGAUGAGAAAUGGUUUGCGGCGGCGCAUUUGUGGGAUGUGUCUGCUGCGGUGAGGGCCGGGUUUCGGGGGCGGGAGGGAUGUUGGGAGGUGUUUGAUCGGGAGAGCUUGGAGGUUGUUGCAGAUGGGUUGGUUGAGAUGGUGGAGGGGGUUAUUAAGAUAUCUGGUUAG